GCGGCAAUGAACACAAGCCCAGUAUUGUAGCCAGCGAGAGCGAACAGACGACCUGCUGGGUAAACAACAGUGUCGACUCGAGAGACAGGAAUGGCAACGUCGUCGAGGGCUAUCAGUGUUGUGAGAUGAAUGGGUUUGAAUCAUAGGAGCUGCACACUCACUCUGUUAGCUCGGUGUGGACAGAGCUGCCACGAUGAAGAGUGAAGUGCCAUCUGAGGCCUCCAGCAGACAGGAGCAUCUGAAGGAGUCCCUGGUAAACCCCGAACCCUUGGAGGCAGCUAAGAGCUUCCCAAGCAACAUGGAGGUGAUUGGAAUGGGAGACGGUGAGUUUGCAACCCUGUGUUCCGAAUCGAGGCAUCGGACCUUGAGGGACACUGCAUCCCACAAGGACUCUGAGCGCGGCCUCUCCGCCCGCAGAAAAAGAAAGGUCCAACAGGCAGGACCUUCUGACUGUUCACUUAAAGUCGGCCAUUUUAGUGAGACUGCUGUCACCCCUCAGCGUCCCAGGGAAGAACUUUUACGUCACUCUAGCGAGGAUGAACACAAUCAUGAGUCAUCUUUUAGUGACUGUGCCUCGUCCCCUUCCUCUAGCUUACGAUUCGGGGACUCGGAUACACUGAGCUCUGAGGAGGAUGUGGAUUCUGGACCAACAGAGGGCCAACAUAAAGCCCCUGUCCUCCCAACAGGAGCCACUGGAGUAGGUCUUCGCCCUGUUGUGAGUCGAACGAGGCGGACCCGCUCCCAUAAGUGGGUGCGCUCCGAGGCGGAGCCGGUGUUGCUGAAGCGACCGUGUUUGAGCAGUCGGCGGCCUCUGCAUAGGAAACGGUUUGUGAAAGCAGUUCCUGGGGGAGGGCAGCGUACACAGAAGCAAAAGGAGCGACUACUACUGCAGAGGAAGAAACGAGAAGUGAUUGCACGCAGAAAAUACGCUUUACUGAAUAGCACAAGUAGUUCAAGUGAGGAGCUGAGCAGCGGAUCCUCGUCCCCCUCCUCGACCGAAGCGGAGGAUGAGCUGUACGUGGAUGUCAGCAGCAGCAGCAGCCAGCCCAACAGCGCUGCAGUGGCCACAGGUGCUCUGGAUGAAGACGUGGUGGUGAUUGAGGCUACUCCAGCUCCAGCACCUGUUGUCCCUGCGAGUGAGGAGAUCAAUGUCACCUCAACAGACAGUGAGGUGGAGAUCGUCACAGUCGGAGAUGGUUUCAGGUCACGCUCACUGGGUGGUCUUGGUAGGAUAUGGGGUAACAGUUGCUCACAAAACCGUCUCCAGGAACCCAGAGUACGUCACAGACUGUCCACGGUCAUUCAACCGCUGCGUCAAAAUUCUGGUGAGGUGGUGGACCUCACUGUUGAUGAAGAUGACCUCUCAGUUGUGCCAACAACCUCCGGCAGCGGUCACCCUCAAACGGUCAGGUCAUCCUCGUCCUCAUCUUCCCAGAAUGCCUCUACCUCAGAGCUCAAUGAUGCCGCAGGCCCCUCCACGAGCUGCCGAGGCUCGAUACCAGACAGUAUGCACACACCGAGGCCGAGCGGCUCGACCCGAACAGCCGCAGAGGCUGACAGCAGACCAAGUUUGUCAGGUUCCACAGGAGAAAACGCAGGCACAGCCAUGCCUAGGCUGCCGUCGUGCUGUCAGCAGCACUCGCCGUGCGGGAGGCCUUCCCCGGGUCAUCUGUCCCUCAGCCACUCCCAUUCGAGCUGCAUGCAGGCCUCGUCCUCUCAGGCCAACGGCUCUCAGCACGCUCACGGCAACACACACCAUUUUGUCCUUCAUGUCCACCACCCCACACCACAGCCCCCGGGUACCCUGCCUUUUCAAGAGCCGAGCUGUGCUGUGGAAAGACCCAGUGCGUUGCCCGCACCCUGUGCCGGCGUAAGCGGUGGCGCUAGCAGUAGUGGCGCCAACAACACUGCCCAUUAUCACGAUCAGCAAACCUUGCCAGUAGACUUGAGCAACAGUAGUGUUCGAAGCGGCGGUGCUAGUUUCCAUGGCAGCACAUCAGCCUUUGACCCCUGCUGCCCGGGCUCCACCUCGCGGCCUCCUGCGUACGUUUCCCAGGCCACCCCCGGCCCCAGCCAGCCAACUGCGGUGGACUCUUUCGGUUCUGGCAUGGGGGCUCAGCCUCAAACGCCACUUCAGCAGCCAUGCAGGCAUUACAUACACCCCUCAUAUGGCUCUCUGGCACGCUCAUUGCAUCAUCAGCCCUCUACUGCCUGCCCUCAUUCCCACGGGAACCCCCAACUUACACCUCAACCCCCUCCUCAAGGCGAUUAUGUCCUUCCCCAUAAUGUUCACUCCUUUCACCCCGCCCUUCCAUCCCACCCGUCAGGCCACAGCGUACCUAGCGCCCCCCCUCUACCUGGCCACCACCUCUCCAGCUCGAACGCACCGCUAGCCCAGCACCUGCCCACAGACCACCAGACUCUGCCGCACCAUAUGCCACCACUGGGAUCAGUUCAGCGGCUCCAUCAACACGAAAUGUUGCAGAGGAUGGAGGUCCAGAGGCGCAGAAUGAUGCAGCACCCCACACGAGCGCACGAGCGGCCGCCUCCUCACCCGCACAGAAUGCACCCAAACUACGGCCACGGGCACCACAUCCACGUGCCUCAAACUAUGUCUUCCCACCCUCGCCAGCCAGAGCAGAGAACCGCAUGGGAGCUCGGCAUCGAGGCCGGAGUGACCGUGGCGUCGUACCCUUCAGGGCAUCUGCACUCCCACUUGCACCACUACCACCCCACCUCCAGACUGCACCACUUCCCCAUCCCCUUCAUGCACACUGGCAUAUCCGAAGUCACCUACCCGCACAUUCGCUACAUCUCAUCUCGAAUGACUGGCUUUGGAAGAACCUACGAGGACCUGCUGCAUUUAGAGGAGCGACUGGGGACUGUGAACCGAGGAGCCUCUCAGGGAACCAUAGAGAGGUGCACUUACCCACACAAAUACAAAAAGAAGGUGUUGGAGAGAGACAUUGACCAACAGUUAACCCCCGAAGCUUGGGCCUCUAUUGGAAAAAAUAUGCACGCAACCCCUGAAUCGAGAAAGCUGCACGGCAAGCAGGAUGACGACGAAGGGGCGGACGAAGACACGGAGGAGAAGUGCACCAUCUGUCUGUCCAUACUGGAGGAGGGGGAGGACGUCAGGCGCCUGCCGUGCAUGCACCUCUUUCACCAGCUGUGCGUGGACCAGUGGCUGCUCACCAACAAGAAGUGCCCCAUCUGCAGAGUGGACAUUGAGGCGCAGUUGUCUGCCGAGAGUUGAUGCUGUUCCAUUUUUUUUUAUUUUCGCCCUCUACAACGCAUCCAGCACGACACUUUUUUUUUUUUCUUUUUGAAAUCUAUUCAUUCAUUCAGUCGUUCGUUCAUUCCCCUCCUGAGUACUGCAGUCAACCAAAGAAGGCAACGAAUUUAUCUGCGCAGCUCUACUACUACUAGGAACAUCUCGACAGUGCCGGCUAUCACUUCUUCUCCAUUAAUUAAGAGUAUAUGUAUUUAUGAAGCUUUUAUGUAGCUUUUGAUCGUUUCCUUAAGUGUCUUUUUUGUUUUUUUUUUUGGUUUUGUUUUUGCAUGUUUCCUUGCAAAAUGCAUUUGUUUGCACAUGUAACACGGGCUUCAAAGCGAGGAGGGGCCGCUCUAGUAAAGCGGCGACGCCUCUCGCUUUACUAGACUAGAAUGUCGACCUUCACAACAAAACACGGCAGAGUUCGUUUUUACCAGUCAUUGUAUUGAUUAGUUUGUUUUAGAAGAUGUGGAAUGUUAGUGAUGAAAAGGUUUUUUUUUUUUUUUUUUUGAUUUGAUUAAGAAGAAAAGCAUUCCUAGACAUUCCUAACUAGGGAAAAAAAACUAUGUUAACAGGUCAGCUGCUGUAUUAGUUCAUUUACACACAGUUGUGCGCACAGUAUUUUCUCGGCACACGUGCUUACGCCCCCACAAAAGGCAACGUUUCACACGCAAGAAUGUCACACAGCUUGUCGGUACGUGUGCAGGUGGUCAUGUCCCGAAUAACUAGAUAGAUACUACGUUUAGACUCAACCCCCCCACCCCACCGCCUCCCGUUACGUCACUCGGUGUCUGUGUAGUUGAGCAUCAACUGGGGGGGGGGGGGGAUGACACAAAAAGUGUUAACUGGCAUAGACUUGCACAACAGGAAAGAGAAAAGGCAGGAUGAGUUUGCCAUUGCGACGGCGUGCCGAGGCCAUGUAAUUCCGCUCUUUUGACGACGAAAUAUGGUAAAUAAAGAAAAAAAAAAAAGCAUAUUUUGAAAGGAGUGAAGAAAUGCAGUACUUCAUGAAAAGCAGGUAUACACGCGCUCAUCGAACAUUCUUCAAAGGCACCAGGAGCAUAUUCUGUGGGAUUUAUAUUAGUUAAAAAAAAAAAGUUAAUAAACUUGGAUAACUCUUAAG